UUUCACGCAUGCGUCGAAAGUCGAAACAAACAUGAUGCAAUUUUUUACGCUAGGUCGUGAUAUUUUGAUAUUUAUUUGCGCUGCCGCUAUAUAAUCGCUAAUUGCUUUGAAAAUGUCAUUUUUCGAUUUUUUCCGAAAUUUCCUCGGUGUGAGACGUCGCAAUGAGCCUGGUACAAACGGAUUUGGCGAGCAUGAUUUGCACCGAGAACGUUUUCGGAAUCCAAUUUGGCAAAGUGAUGAAGACGACGACGACGAUGACGAUAUAGACAACUUUCGGCAUCCUGAGAUCGGUUUACAGUUUAACAUGUUUAGCGACCCACUUGAAAUGACGAUUUACUUUGAAUCCCAGAUUGACAACAUGUUGAAAAAUUUUUUUAAUUUUAGUAAUAUUCCUUUUGAUGAUAAAGCCAUUGCAGCGUUACCAUUUGCCGCACCUGAAAAGGAUAGCAAUUUGCGCGACAAGUUGCUGAAACCUGAGCCCGAUAAAUUUGCUAUCACAGAUGUACCAUUUGAACAGAAAAUAGAUACAGAUUUAGAUGGAAGAGUUUCUGCAGAAGAAUUUUCAAAGAUGUGGAAUAAAGGAAAUAUGGAAACGAAAAAAUCUUCCGUACCAAGUAAUUUCUCAAUUGGAAGAUCUGUUAGAAAGGAGAUUAUACGUAGACCUGAUGGAACUGUAGAAAAAAAGCAAGUAAUCAGAGAUACUGAAGGCAAUGAGCAGACGAUCAUUUCAAAGGAAAUAGGCGAUAAAACAUAUGUUGUUACUAUAAAAAAAGAUAAAAAUGGUAUUGAAACAAGAUCCGAAGAUUUGAUUAAUAUGGAUGAAAGUGAACUGAAGGAUUUUACUCAAAAGUGGAAAUCUGCAAAAGAUAACGUGAAUAGUCAAGAUUCGAUUCUUAAUCGUUUUCCAUGGGAAAAGUUUUUCGGUCCCAAUCCGAAAUUAUAACAAGUAGAUAAAGAAAAGUCAUAGUGUUAAUUCCUAAUAUAUAAAACAUACCCGUGUAGUGUAUGAGUACCAAUAAAUUAAAUUAAAUCGA